UAGUUUCCUGUUCCUUCCCCUCUUUCAUUUUUCUGUCGUCUGUUGAUGUUGGCAUCGGAACUCGCUUGUCAAAAUGUCUAAAGUAACGUUCAAAAUCACGUUGACAUCUGACCCGAAGCUGCCGUUCAAGGUGUUGAGCGUCCCUGAACAAACGCCGUUCACAGCGGUGUUGAAAUUCGCUGCUGAGGAGUUCAAAGUUCCACCUGCAACAAGUGCCAUCAUCACGGAUGACGGUAUCGGAAUAAACCCUGCCCAAAACGCAGGUGACGUCUUCCUCAAACACGGUUCAGAGUUGCGACUCAUCCCUCGAGACCGGGUUGGAUUCUGCCAACCACUUUGUGCAAUGUAUUAAAUUUGAAUUUAAAAAAUUAUUAACUGGUAAAACAUAAAUCUCUGUGCAAAAACAGAUGGAAUUGAGCAUCUUUCCACUUGUAUCGGAGGAUUAUGAAAUAAAUUAGGAGGGAGAUAAAGAAUAACACAGUCCACAAAAGAGGGCGUUUCACGAAUGUCGUCUUCCCUUCAGACGUCUUCGUCCUGUCGGAUGACAAAUGUGCUGCUUAUUUUUGUACAAACCGCUACUAAUGCAAAUUAAACUGCAUUGCAUUUGAAGGCCCAGCUUACCCAUUCCUUGGGGUCUACUCCCUCAAACGUGUCUUGUGGUAGUGCUGCGUCUUGGUUCGCAAUCCGAGACUUCAUGGAAUUUAUUAUCUGUGGGGCAUAAAAGAAUGUAUCCUUGAGGCUGUACAGAUAAUGGAGGACAGACAGGAAUACUAUACAGUGCACUGUGCUGGUGUACUGCACUGUACCACAAGAAAAUGAUUAUACAAAUUAGGUGCACUAAAUACAGGGUGUCUUUUUCUUCAAUACAGAUUUUUCAUUAAAAAAACUAAGGGCUAUAGACAUCCUCUUUUCAAUUCUAUCAUCUCUGUGCCGGCCCAGAGAUGAUAGAAUUGAAAAGAGGAUGUCUAUAGCCCUUAUAGUUUUUUAAUGAAAAAUCUGUAUUGAAGAAAAAAAGACACCCUGUAUACACUUACACAACACAUAUAGAAAGCAUCACUGACAAAUUUGCAAGGUUUACAAAAGUCUACACAAGUAGCACUAAGAAAGUGCCAACUGGGACGACAAUAACGCUGCAGUCAUUUGAAACUGCACUAACUGAUAGCUAAGGCCCCUGGUUUUCUGCUGCGGCAAAUUCAAAAUUCUGUGGCACCGACUUGUAAAUUCCGCGAUAUUCCAUGGCAAGGAGCGAACGGCAUUGUUUCAGCUUCAAACAGAUUCAAAGCACUUUUGUUGCUCAGCAUUCCAUACAUGGUAUCUUGUAUUCUCCUCUGACAAAAAAUGCCAUCUGUCACCUCCAAUCAUUUUGUACCUGCUGAAAGAUCUUUCAGCAACUACAUAGUUUAUAGGAAGGAGUUUACAAUACAUGCUGUUUGCAUUAAAAGUUUGGAAUUUCUA